AUGCGCCUUUGGGGAAUACUUUGUUUUUUAAUCUUCCUGGGGAAAAAUCGGGGACAGGAACAAACAUAUGUCAUUUCCGCACCCAAAGUAUUCCGUGUUGGAACAUCUGAAAAUAUUGUAAUUCAAGCUUAUGGGUACACUGAAGCAUUUGAUGCAACAAUCUCUAUUAAAAGUUAUCCUGAUAAAAAAUUUAGUUACUCUUCGGAUUAUGUUAAUUUAUCCCCAGGAAAUAAAUUCCAAAAUGCUGCAGUCUUAACAAUCCAACCCAAACAAUUGUCUGGAGGACAAAACCCAGUUUCAUAUGUGUAUUUGGAAGUUAUUUCAAAGCAUUUUUCAAAAUCCAAAAAAGUGCCGAUAACAUAUGACAAUGGAUUUCUAUUCAUUCAUACGGACAAACCUGUUUACACUCCACACCAGUCAGUAAAGGUUAGAGUUUAUUCCCUGAAUGAAGACUUGGAGCCAGCCAAAAGAGAAACUGUCUUAACUUUCAUAGAUCCUGAAGGAUCAGAAGUUGACAUAGUAGAAGAAAAUGAUUAUACUGGAAUUAUAGCUUUUCCUGACUUCAAGAUUCCAUCCAAUCCUAAAUAUGGUGUGUGGACAAUUCAAGCUAAAUAUAAAGAGGACUUUUCAACAACUGGAACCACGUAUUUUGAAAUUAAAGAAUAUGUCUUGCCACAUUUUUCAGUCUCAAUAGAACCAGAAAGCAAUUUCAUUGGUUAUAAGGACUUUAAUAAUUUUGAAAUUACUAUAAAAGCAAGAUAUUUUUAUAAUAAAGUAGUCACUGAGGCUGAAGUUUAUGUAUCUUUUGGAAUAAGAGAAGACUUAAAAGAUGAUCGAAAAGAAAUGAUGCAAAAAGCUAUGCAGAGCAAAUUGCUGAUAAAUGGAAUUGCUCAAGUCACAUUCGACUCUGAAACAGCAGUUAAGGAACUGUCAUAUAACAGUCUGGAAGAUUUAAAGGACAAAUACCUUUAUAUUGCUGUAACAGUCAUAGAGUCUACAGGUGGUUUUUCUGAAGAGGCAGAAGUACCUGGCAUCAAGUAUGUCCUCUCACCCUACACACUGAAUUUGGUCACUACUCCUCUUUUCUUGAAGCCUGGGAUUCCAUAUUCCAUCAAGGUGCAGGUUAAGGAUUCCCUUGACCAAUUGGUAGGAGGGAUCCCAGUAACGCUGAAUGCUCAAACAGUCGAUGAAAACCAAGAAACAUCUGUACUGGAGGCAAAGAAAAGUACAACACAUCUCGAUGAUGGGGUAGCUUCGUUUGUGGUUAAUCUACCAUCUGGAGUGAGGGUCCUGGACUUUCAUGUCAAAACCGAUGCCCCAGAUCUUCCAGAAAAAAAUCAGGCCAGCAAAAAUUACCAAGCAAUAGCAUACUCAUCUCUCAGCCAAAGUUACCUUUAUAUUGAUUGGACUGGAACCUACAAACCUCUGCUCGUGGGAGAACAUCUGAAUAUUAUCGUUACCCCUAAAAGUCCAUAUAUUGGCAAUAUAACUCACUAUAAUUACUUGAUUUUAUCCAAGGGCAAAAUCAUACACUUUGGCACGAGGGAGAAACUUCCAGAUUCAUCUUAUCAAAGUAUAAACAUUCCAGUGACACAGAAUAUGGUUCCUUCAGCCCGUCUCCUGGUCUAUUACAUCGUCACAGGAGAACAGACAGCAGAACUAGUGUCUGACUCAGUCUUGUUAAAUAUUGAAGAAAAGUGUGGCAACAAGCUCCAGGUUCAUCUGUCUCCAAAUGUAGAUGUAUAUUCUCCAGGCCAAACUGUGUCUCUUGAAAUGGCAACUGAGUCAGUUUCGUGGGUGGCAUUAGCAGCAGUGGACAGUGCUGUGUAUGAAGUCCAGAGAAGAGCCGAAAAGCCCAUGGAGAGAGUAUUUCAAGCUCUAGAGAAGAGUGACCUGGGAUGUGGGGCAGGUGGUGGUCACAACAGUGCUAAUGUAUUCCAUCUUGCCGGACUCACCUUCUUCACCAAUGCAAAUGCAGACGACUCCCAAGAACACGAUGAACCAUGUAAAGAAAUUCUGAGGGCAAGAAGAAUGCUUCAACAGAAAAUAGAAGAAGCAGCUGCUAAAUACAAACACACAGUAGUGAAGAAAUGUUGUUUCGAUGGAGCUCAUCGUAAUAAUGAUGAAACCUGUAAUCAGCGACUUGCACGGGUUACCAUAGGCCCAAUGUGCAUCAGAGCUUUCAACGAAUGUUGUGUCAUCGCAACCCAGUUUCGUGCUGAAAAGUCUCAUAAAAAUCUGCAACUGGGAAGGCUAUAUACAAAGACCGUGUUACCAGUAAGCAAGCCAGAAAUUCGUAGCUAUUUUCCAGAAAGCUGGUUGUGGGAAGUUCAUCAUGUUCCCAAAAGAAGCCAGUUGCAGUUUGCACUACCUGAUUCUCUAACUACCUGGGAAAUUCAAGGUGUUGGCAUUUCAAAUAGUGGAAUAUGUGUUGCUGAUCUUCUCAAGGCAAAGGUGUUCAAAGACGUCUUCCUGGAAAUGAAUAUACCAUAUUCUGUUGUACGAGGGGAACAGAUCCAGUUAAAAGGAACUGUUUAUAACUAUAGGACUUCUGGGACACUGUUCUGUGUUAAAAUGUCUGCUGUGGAGGGAAUCUGUACAUCGGGAAGCCCAGCCAUUGACCACCAAGGGACAAAGUCGUCCAAAUGUGUGCGCCAGAAAAUAGAGGGCUCCUCCAAUCACUUGGUGACAUUCACGGUGCUUCCUUUGGAAAUUGGCCUACACAACAUCAAUUUUUCACUGGAGACUUCAUUUGGAAAAGAAAUCUUAGUGAAAACAUUACGAGUGGUGCCAGAAGGUGUCAAAAGAGAAAGUUAUGCUGGUGUUACUCUGGAUCCUAGGGGUAUUUAUGGUGCCAUCAAUAGACGAAAAGAGUUCCCAUAUAGGAUACCAUUAGAUUUGGUUCCCAAGACAAAAGUCAAAAGGAUUUUGAGUGUAAAAGGACUGCUAAUAGGUGAGAUCCUGUCUGCAGUUCUGAGUCAGGAAGGCAUCGAUAUCCUAACUCACCUCCCGAAGGGGAGUGCAGAGGCAGAGCUGAUGAACGUUGUCCCAGUAUUCUAUGUUUUUCACUAUCUGGAAACAGGAAAUCAUUGGAAUAUUUUUAAUUCUAACUCAUUAACUAAAAAACAGGAUCUGAAGAAAAAAUUGAAAGAAGGGUUGGUAAGCAUCAUGUCCUUCCGAAACGCUGACCAUUCUUACAGCAUGUGGAAGGGUGGAGGUGCUAGCACUUGGUUAACAGCUUUUGCUUUAAGAGUACUUGGACAAGUAAAUAAAUAUGUGGAGCAGAACCAAAAUUCCAUUUGUAAUUCUUUACUUUGGCUGAUUGAGAACUGUCAAUUAGAAAAUGGAUCUUUCAAGGAAAAAUCCCAGUAUCUCCCAAUAAAAUUACAGGGUACACUGUCUUUAGAAGCCCGAGAGAACACCUUAUAUCUCACAGCCUUUACUGUGAUUGGAAUAAGGAAGACUUUUGAUAUAUGCCCGCUGGUGAAUAUCAACACAGCUCUGACUAAAGCUGACACCUUUCUGCUUGAAAAUACUCUCCCGGCCCAGAGCACCUUUACGCUGGCCAUCGCUGCGUAUGCUCUUUCGCUGGGCGAUAAAACUCACCCACGGUUUCGUUCAAUUGUUUCCGCCCUGAAGAGGGAAGCUGUGGUUAAAGGUAAUCCACCCAUUUAUCGUUUUUGGAAAGAUGAUCUUCAACCUCAUGAUAACCCUGCACCUAACACCGGUACGGCACAUAUGGUAGAAACUACUGCCUAUGCUUUGCUCACCAGUCUGAACUUGAAAAACAUGAAUUAUGUUAACCCAAUCAUCAAAUGGCUAUCUGAACAGCAGAGGUAUGGAGGCGGCUUUUAUUCGACCCAGGAUACAAUCAAUGCCAUCGAGGGACUGACAGAAUAUUCACUCUUGGUUAAACAACUCCACCUGAAUAUGGAUAUCAAUGUCUCUUACAAGCACAAAGGAGACUUCCACCAUUAUAAAGUGACAGAGAAGAAUUUCCUUGGAAGACCAAUAGAGGUGCCUCUCGAUGAUGACCUUGUCGUCAGCACGGGACAUAGCAAUGGCUUGGCGACAGUACAUGUAAAAACUGUAGUUCACAAAACCAGUACUUCUGAGGAAAUCUGCAGCUUUUAUUUGAAAAUUGAUACCCAGGACAUUGAAGGUAGAACAGCAUUUUUUUACACUGUAUCGGGAUACAAACGUAUAAUAGCAUGUGCCAGCUACAAGCCCAGCGCGGUAGAAUCAUCAUCUGGGUCCUCCCAUGCAGUGAUGGAUAUCUCUUUGCCCACUGGAAUCAGUGCAAACGAAGAAGACUUAAGAGAUCUUGUAGAAAGGGUGGAUCAGCUAUUAACUGAUUACCAAAUCAAAGAUGGACAUGUUAUUCUGCAACUGAAUUCGAUUCCCUCCAGUGAUUUCCUUUGUGUUCGAUUCCGGAUAUUUGAACUUUUUCAAGUUGGGUUUCUGAGUCCUGCUACUUUUACAGUGUAUGAAUACCACAGACCAGAUAAACAGUGCACCAUGUUUUAUAGCACUUCUCCUACUGAACUUGACAAAGUCUGUGAAGGGACGGUGUGCAAGUGUGUAGAAGCUGACUGUGGGCAAAUGCAGGAAGAAUUGGAUCUGACAAUUUCUGGAGAUACUAGAAAAGAAACAGCAUGUAAACCAGAGGUAGCAUAUGCUUAUAAAGUUAGCAUCACAUCCAUCACUAAAGAAAAUGUCUUUGUCAAGUACACUGCAACUCUUCUGGAUAUCUACAAAACUGGGGAAGCCCUUGCUGAGAAAGGCUCUGAAAUCACCUUCAUUAAAAAAAUGACCUGUACUAAUGCUGACCUGGUAAAAGGAAGACAGUAUUUAAUUAUGGGUAAAGAAGCCCUCCAGAUAAAAUACAAUUUCAGUUUCAGGUACAUCUACCCUUUAGAUUCCUUGACCUGGAUUGAAUAUUGGCCUACGGAUACAGCGUGUCCAUCAUGUCAAGCGUUUUUAGCUAACUUAGAUGCAUUUGCUGAAGACAUCUUUUUAAAUGGCUGCGAAAAUGCCUGA